GAACAUUCUCAGAAUUGUAACAGUUGUCUAGAGCCCUCCCUACAACCUGCCUUUUUGACACUGUAUUUUACAGUCUCGUGUGUUUCGCUGUUAUGGGCAACUUACAUGUUUUGAUAAACCUCUAAGUUAUCUCCAGCAGAGUGUAGGGAUACAUUUAGCAAACAAGUGUAUAUUUCAAACUUCGCGCUGAAGUUACCGCUCUGUCUGCGCGAGCUAACAACAUCAGCUAGCAACCAUGCUAUCUAGCUAGUUAGCAAGAGUUUUCUGACCAAAUUAGCUUGUAAAAUAUCUGUUGCAAGUCAGUUGAGAAAUGCAGACUACCGACGUUGGCUCUAAAGUAGAUGGUAAAGUAUGGUAUCGAAAGCCAAACCCAUCAGUAAGCAACGGUGUUAUCGUCAGUGUAGUUCGCACUGAUGCUCAUCAAAGCAAGAAAGUGCGAUUUCUUCAAGUGGCAUAUGACACAACAGGGGACUCGUUUCUUGCUGGCGACCACCACGGAAAUAUCUAUGUAUUUGACAUAAGUAGAAACAGAUUCAAACUGGUCCAGAAAACUGGACAGGCAUGCACAGCUCUUGCAUUCAGUUUGCACAGAACUACAGAGUUCCUAGUUGCCCUGGCAGACUACUCAAUAAAAUGCUUUGACAAAGAUACCAAACAGCUGGUGAGCUGGAUGCGAGGUCAUGAGGGGGCCGUGUCCUUCAUAUCCGUGCACAGCUCUGGGCGAUAUGCCAUCACCACGUCCUCAGACACCGCGCAGCUUUGGGACCUGGACACCUUCCAGAGGAAGAGGAAGCUCAACAUUCGCCAGUCUGUGGGCAUCCAAAGGGUUUUCUUCUUACCACUAAGUAACACUAUCCUCAGUUGCUUUAACGAUGAUUCCAUUUUUGCCUGGGAGAGCGACACACUUUUCUGCAAAUUCCAGCUAUCAGUGCCUCAGGACGGACCGCAAAUACAUUACAAAGCUUUUGCUAUAACAAGGGAUGGGAAGACUCUGGCCGCUGGGGGGCGCUCUAACCUCCUCCACCUGUGGUGCCUGGAGAGCAGGCAGCUCAUGCGCGUGGUCCAGAUGCCGCCCAAGGUUCGGACCGUGCGCCACCUGGAGUUCCUACCCGACAGCUUUGAUGGCGGAUCCAGCCAGGUCCUAGGAGUGCUUAGCCAAGAUGGUAUCAUGCGCUUCAUCAACAUCCAGACCUUUAAGCAGCUCUUUGAGAUCGGCUCCAUUGAUAACACCAUAACCGCGGUGACCCUCUGCCCAAAGGGACGUCACGUAGUGGCAGUGAUGGACACUGGUGCUCUUAACAUCUACAGCGUCCAGGGUCUUACACAAGAGGUCAACAAGCCCCCGCAGCCACUGGUGAAGGUGAUCUCUCAGGACUCCACAGCAGACGGCUCUGGUAUGCUGGUGAAGGUGCGGUCAGGGGCGGUGCAGAGACCCAAAACCUCCGGGCGCCGUGUCCCAGUCAAAGUGCUUCGGCCUUCGGCGGUCAUCGCCGGAGAGGAGAAAGAGAAUGAUUUACCUGGCGGAUUGAACAAGAAGCGACUUCUUGCCUUACUGAAAACUUUUGGGGAAUACCCAGCCAAAUACAGGAUGUUUGUUUGGCGCUCUCUGCUGCAACUCCCUGAGAACCACGCUGCGUUCAACAGCCUGGUGGAGAAAGGUCUCCACCCUGCGUUCCUGACUCUCCAGGAACGCUACCCCAUCAAAAGCCAGAAGCUACAGCGGGGCCUGCAGAGGCUCCUGUCUUUGCUUGCUCACUGGUCGGCCAUCUUUGGAGAGGCAGACUACCUCCCCCUGGUGGCCUUUCCAUUUGUGAAACUCUUCCAGAACAAUCCGCUCAUCUGUUUUGAAGUGGUGGCCACUGUCAUUGUGAGCUGGUGCCAGCACUGGUUUGAGUACUACCCCAACCCGCCGCUGAAUGUGCUGAGCAUGGUGGAGAACGUGCUGGCCCACCAUGACCGGGAGCUGCUGCAGCACCUGGUCGACUGCCGCAUCACCUCACAGCUGUACGCGUGGCCUCUCCUGGAAACGCUCUUCUCCGAGGUGCUCACCAGGGACGAGUGGCUCCGGCUGUUCGACAACGUCUUCUCCAACCACCCGGCCUUCCUGCUGGUGGCCGUGGUAGCGUACGUCACCUGCUGCCGAGCCCAGCUGCUGAUGCUCACCUUCAGGGAGGACUUUGAGUACUUCUUCCACCAUCGCAACAACUUCGACAUCGGCGCCAUGAUCAAGGAGACGUAUCGGCUGAUGAGCGCCACGCCGGCGGACAUCCACCCGCGCUCCACGCUGAGCGACUUUGAGCCGCUGCUCCGCGGGCAGUACCCCGUCUUCAACCAGUACCCCACCUUCAUCGUGGAGUACCAGUCGCAGGAGCGCGAGCGCAUUCGCCAGCAGGAGGCGCAAUACCUGCGGGAGAGGCAGGCGCUGCAGGAGCUGCGGUCGGAGGCGGUGCGCCAGCAGGCGGAGGACGAGGCGUGGCACACGCAGCAGGAGCUGCUCCAGCAGGCCGAGCACCAGCGCAGGCACAUCCUGCAGCAGGAGGAGGCCAAGCUGGCCGAGCAGAGGACCAAGCUUGCGGCCAUGAAGCGCGAGCUGAAGCUGAAGGAGCUGCAGCUGGUGGAGGCCACGCGCCGGAGGUUCCUGCACCACCAGCAGGACCAGCGCCGCGUGCAGCUGCACAGGCUGGAUGACGAGAUCCAGAGGAAGAUGGCUCUAAGAGAUCAGGAGACUGCAGCUGCGGUGCAGGACAUCGAAGUGAGACAGAUGGAGUUGGACGCCAAGAGACGACUCUUUGAACAGCAACUAGCGAAGGAACAAGAGCGGGUGAACCAGGAGGUGGAGGCAAAGCUCGGUGCCCGCAGACAUCGGGCGGAGCUCGAGGAAACAGCAUUUCGCGAUAUGCUCCAGACAGACCAAGACCUGACCCAAGACACCAAAAGGGUGCUGGAGGAGUCUGUGGCUGAGGAGGGCCAGCUUGGAGCAGAUCACGAGUGGCAGGCCGAGGUUCUGAAGCGUCUGGAGCAGGCCGACGCUGACCAGAAGAGGCGGCAGCAGCUACUGACCCAGAUGACCCAAGAGACGCAUGCCAAAGAGGAGGAGCUCGUCCAACUCGUAGCGGAGGGCAGGAAGUGGGAGGAGGUGGUGUCCCGACAAGCCCAGCUGGAGGAGGAGAGGAGGGAGAGGAAGAAGAGGCAUCAUCAGCAGGUGGCUACCAUGGUGGAGGCCUCGCCAGGAGAUGAGCUCUCCCAGGAAUCCCUGAAAUCUCAGUGUCAGGGCGAGACGUAUGAUCAUCAAAGGGAGCAGGACCUCACAUCUCCCUUCCCAACAAGAGACCGAGGACACCAGUCCCAUUCACCCCCCACACAGCCCAAUGGCAUUCCGGUCUGCCUGAACAACCAGUCCCCUUCAGAAAGCUCUACCACCUUCUCCCUGGACCGUGGCCGAACAGAGCUGGACUGUAAGGAGCGCGAGCUGAUGAAGGAGGUCAGGGAGCUUCGGCAGAAACUGGCCCGUGCCAAAGUAGGCGACGGCAGCACGUACUCCAGUAGCGCCGUCUCCCAGUGACUAGAGAAACAGGUCUUCAAGGCCCCUGCCCAACCUCGCUAAUCCCCAAGUUCCUCUGUGAAAAGAGGCCAUUCCUACAGCAUUCCAUCAACAAAUGAAGCAGCAUUCAUAAAACGUCCAUACAGCAUUCCAUCUUAAAAAAAAUUAAGCAUCGUCAGUUUUACAUGUGGCAACUACACAGAUUUGCACUCCUUAAUGUCACAUCUGAAUAUUGCCUUGGGAAUUUUGGAAAGACCACAGGUUUUGUUGUGCCCAAAUUGCUUUUGCUUUUGCUUUUUUAAUUUAUUUGAGAGUAACUUGAUGUAGAUUCUUGUUGAAUUGUAAAUAAAGUUUUCUAGCCAUUGGUUUUUAAUUUC